AUGGGAAGAGCACUUGCAGCAAGUGUUUCUUUUGGAACCUUCUGCCUUCGUGCAAAGUCGACUGCUGUAGCUGCAGCGGAGGCACUACUACCACUAGCGGACGAACCCUUCACGUUGACGGAGGGAAGCGCUUUGUACUGGGUCAAGGCCGCAGACACGCGGGAGGGGCACGCGGCGGCUUGCCUCAGGAAUGGGCUUGAUCCCACGCCGCCAGAUAUUUUCCUACCAGAUCAGACACUGCCGGCGUUGCAAGCAGCAGAGCAGGCGGAAGAAGCACCCGAAGGGGCUGCAAGCAGCACGCCGCGAAACGCCUCCUCCUCCGAUGCAGCAACGCCGCCACCGGCGCGGCCGCUUUGGUCGGAGAAUCUUGUGACGGUGGUCGCCAACGGUCUGGGUCUGGAGCUCGAGAGGCCCGGCGGGUUGGCGGGGUGCUGCGUUCCCGGGAUGUGGUGCGGGCCUCGCGGCUGCUACACGCUGGCCUUCGGGGACACAUUUUCAAACUACGGCGGGUACGUGGGAGUCCCUCCGGACGACUACAGCAUAUACACGUGCAAAGAGCCGAGCGUGCCGCUCGCCGCGCCCGCGGACUCAUCAACCCCGGCACCAGCGGUCAACGGUUCGGACCCGGGCGACGCUGCCUCUGCCCCCGGCAGCACAACCGCAGCCCUGCCGACACUUUCCCCGACGGCUCCUGCCGCGGAAGUGGAAGAGAAGGCGGGCGACGGUUCCCCAGCCCCGCCGGUGCGGCCGACAAUCGUGUCCGUGGGUCCGGAGGUGGUGAAGGCGGGGGAGGCCCUUAUGGUGGUGGGCUCCGGGUUCGGGGAGGCGGUGUCGGACGUGCGGGUCAUGGUCGGCGGGCGGGACUGUCGGGACCCCGAGCUGUGCCACCUGGUGUGCAGGCCGUGCGGCGAGGAGGACCGGUGCGAGUUCGACGAGAUGUGCAUGGAGGAUGGCCUGUCCAAGGAAAAGGUUUGCCUGCCGAUAUGCGACGGCACGGAAGGCUCUUGCCCCUGCGACCACCGCUGCCUGCCGAAGCGCUUCGAGCUCCAGGGGGAGCCGCACAGCAUGGUGGUCAACCUCUGCCGGCCACCAGACGCAGAUCCCAAUUUCCUGUGCCACGGGAGCGUGCUUCGCGAGCAAGAACGAAUACAGUGCACCGUUCCGGUGUUGGUGUGGGAUCAGGCGGAGACGGAGUCUUCCGAUAGGGCGGGCGCGGGGCUGGGCCAAAAGCCCCCUGUCCGCAGGGGGAGACACCUCGAUGGUGAUGGCCGGCGUGGGGGUGAACGCGUAGAGGGUAGGGGCGUAGUAGAGGGCGAGGGGGAGGAGGAGGAGGAGGAGGAGGAGGAGGGGGGGGGCGGGGAGCUGUCAGCUGCGAGCUUUUCGUUGUCGGUGGGAGACCGGGGGGCGGUGUGGGAGGGCAGCGUGGAGUACGCUCCCCGGGAUUGCCACUCCGCGGAGGACUGCGACGACGGGGACGCGUGCAGCUUCGACGCCUGCGUCGAGGGAAGCUGCGUCCAUACCGGGGUGCAGGAAGGGUACGGCUGUCAGGCCCAGCCUGUCCACGCCACGUGGCGUGGAGACACUUACCGGUACUUCCAGAUCGUGGACCGAGCGGACCCCGUGGAGCAGGCGGAGUUCGUGGCGGAGGUGCGCGCGCAGAACAAGCUGUCGUCCGUGACGUUCGCCGACGACUACCCGGUGGAGUUCCACAACUGGCGGGAGUUCCCGGUGUACGGGACCAAGUACGAGGACGUGUACAUCAGCCCGAACGGGGCUUUGUUCGUCCCUCCGCUGCAGACCGUCGUUCCGGGGGGCUUGUCGGCGGUGUCCCCCUCCACGGAGGCGUACUUCCCCGUCUUGAAGGCCGACUGGAACCCUUCCGACAGCCGCGCGGCGUCCUCGGUGCUCGUGAUGAUCGAGGAGGACCAGUUCUCCGUCCUGUACCAGGAUGUGUUCCUGUUCAAGAGGUCUGCAUCUGCAACGCCUUCGACAUUUUCGACAACGGUGUUCCCGGACGGGUCGUUGCGUUACCGUUACAUGCGCAUCGGAGACAAAGCCGACUGGACGGCGGGGGUCAGCGGCAACUCGUUCGUCUCUCCCACCAUCAGAAAUCGCCACGUUCGACAGUCUCAGUUCAUCCAGAUGGAUGAGAACGGGCUGCCGUCUGCCGCCGCCCCUUCGGAGGCGUUCUCCGCGACACCGACACCGCCGCCGUCCCCGGGCGCCCCGGCCUCCACCGCGUCCAACUCCAGCGACUCGACCAGCGGUGAUGACGCCAGCGAAGUGCAGGGGGAGGGAGGGGGUUCAGCCGUGACCAUAAUCGCGAACGGCGAUGGCGCUGAAGAAGAAGACGGCGACACCGAGGUGACGCUGUGCCGCGCGCCGACGCUGGCCUGCCUGGCGCGGGCGUGCGGCAAGGCCGGGAGCGAGGUCCCCGUCCUCUGGGAAGGGGUCGGCUGCCGGGCGGCGGCCUCCCUCAACGUGACCUUCUCGUGCCGCAUCGGCGGGCUCGAGGUGCCGGCCGUCAGCCUAGAGGGGGGCGCCACCGCCUCCUCCUCUGGUUCGUUGGCGGGGGGGUUCGAGGAGGAGGCGUGGGGGCCGGAUUGGGUUGGGGGGGAGGGAGGCGGGGGGUUGGUUUGCGAGGUGCCGAGGCUCGAGUGGGCGGAGGCCGGGCAGGAUGAGGCGGUGAUGGUGCCCGUGGAAGUGCUCUGGUCUUUGCCGGAGCAGGCCAGCGAUAGCGCCAAGGAGCAGGUGAGGCUCGGGGCCGCGGGCGUGGGUGUACACGGGUUGUCCGUCUUGGGCGAUGCCGGCCUCAUCAACAGCCACGUGUUGGCCUUUAGGUAUUAUCGCGAUGACGCAGAGGCCCCCGAUUGCGGGUGCAGCACCUCCCCGCGACAAACAGAGCUCACCUGCGACUCGUGCCUGGUUUGCGGGGGCGAUGGUUCCACGAAAGACUGCGGCGGUUUCUGUCACGGAGAGGCCUCCGUCUCUCCUUGCGGGGAGUGCUCGGGAGGGAUGACCGGCGUGACCGGCGGCCUGUGGUGCGACGAGUACGGAGAGUACCUCGAUGGACCAGCCGAGGCGGCGCUACUCUCUCUCUCCCAGUCGAUCAUGAUGCUGGUGGCGCUGUCCAUCAUGACCGCCUUCCUCACCAUGUGUCUCUUCCUCGCGAGGGCCCUCAUGCUCCGAGGAGUUCUGGCGAUGGAAGGGGAUCGCCACGGAACCCUGCGGCGGAGGGCGUUUUCUCGGCACCGGGGCCUCUCCCCGUCGGAGCUGGACUGCCUGGAGACCGUCGAGUACUCGACCGCCAUCGACAUCGUCUCGAAAGACAAGGGCAACGACGACAACAGCUGCGCGGCGGACGGGGGCGGCGACAGCAGCGGUGUUGAACUGAUCGGAGAGAAGGUUAGCCCCACCAGCAGCAGGAGUAGUAGUGGGAGCGAGGAAAAGGGGGGGGGGGUGGAAUCGGCGGGGGUGACGGGCGGGGACGACGAGGCUUUCAUCGCGCAGGGUGCGGAGGCAGCCUCGUCCGCGGACUGUGCGAUCUGCCUUGGCGGCUUCGAGGAGGGCGACGUGCUGCGCAAGCUUCCUUGCCUCCAUUUCUUCCAUCAGAAGUGCGUGGACGAGUGGCUGCAUCUGUCCGUGUCGUGUCCGCUCUGCAAGCGCAGCGCCCGCGAAGGCUUGAGGCGAAAUCGCCGGCGGCGUCGUCGCUUGAGAGCAGCGGCAGAAGCAGCAGCGCAGCGAGCGCAGCAGCACCGCGAUAGCACCGUGCCCGCGACAACAGCGACCCCGACACGAACGCCAACGCCCGUGGGAGCUUGGUUUCGAGGACUGCCGUCUUCCUUGGCGCGACUUUUCGCCCACUCUGGAGACGGCGGCGGCGGCGGCGGCGGCGGCGAGGGGCGCGGGGGGCGGCGGCAGUGGCAGCGGGUCGACGAUGACGGUAGCAACGGGGAGGAAAAGUUGGACGACGAUCGCGGCGACACCGGUCACGACGAGGACUCUCCGCUUGACGGAGAGACGAGGAGGAUGAGAGUGUUGAACGCCAACAUAGCGGUGAAACGCUCGGUGCGUUGGCGAGGGCUGGUGUAUGCGGAGGCAGGGCCGCGAACCUCGUGA